AUGCCGGGAGAAGUCGUUGCCAGCGAUCAGAUUAUCGUUAGUUUCUUGCAUCCUCCUGAACAUUCUUUUUUUAUUUGAUUGUCAGGAAACCCAUCGACUACUUUUCUGAUAUUUCCGAUUGGACAACUUCGAAAAGGUAUUACGUUCGGAACAGAGACAUAGUCCGAGAGAACAUCCGAACGAUUAAAUCAAGCCUUCCUCGGCUACCUGCAGUCCGAAAAGUUCGACUUUGAAUUUGAAAAAAAAAACGUUAUAAAAUCAUUUUUUGCAGGUGCCCCCAUUCUGUCCACAGUCCUAUCAGCAGAACACGAGUGUCGUGCCGUUGCCCAUGAUCGCUCCCAGCCGAUCUAAAAGCGUCGAUUCUAAUGUCACAUUCAAAUUAUUUCCAGUUUCCCGAAUGAUUUAAUUUCAGGUAUCAGAUGAUUGCACUCAGUUCCGAGCUUUGUUCUCUCGCGGAGACCUUCACGUACGGAUUGUGCAUUCCGGAGGACCGGGCGACAAGUGAGCGUUUCAUACUGAAUUCCUUCUGAUAAUGAGUUUGCAGGCCACGAGAACUACAGUGGGCAAAAGAUCCGUCGCAGAUGAAGAACGAGACGGUCUGCAACCUCCUGGCCAAAUUCUCAACUGGAAUGUCUCUUCUGGAUCACGUAAGACACUUUCCCGAUUCAUUUCAACCGAACCCAUUCAGCCAUUCCGAUUUGUGGCCGAAACAGGCAUCACUGACUUGCUCAUCGCCCUCCGCAAUCACCAAUCCAUCGUUUCCGUCCUUCCGCAACUUGUCCGAGGGAUUCGUGCCGGACUAUAUUCAUUCGACACGGAAAAGAAGAAAUUUUGCCUGAAGACACUUUCCAGAAUCACUUCGAUGCAGGGAAUCGGCGCUCAAUUGGUCCCUUUCUACAGGCAACUUCUUCCUCCGCUCAGUAAGAUCUUUUAUUCAUUUUCCAUUCUAACUCUCCUCUUGCAGGGUCUGUUCGCCAGUCUAGAAGCAGAUCGGACCGUGUUCACUACGACAAGGCCGUCAGGUCGAGGAGAUAA